GAACCGAGAGAAGCAAGAAGUUCCUCGUGCGCCGAGUCGGCCGGAGAGGCUUGAAUGCGUCCAGGAGAAUGCGUCCCGGAACGAGAUGUUCGAGAUUCUGUUCGCUGAUAAUAGUGCUGGUCCUCUGCAUAAUAGACGACACGGGCGGCACUUGGAACGGCCGGGAGGACAGGACUGAAUGCCCGAAAGUGAAGGCCAUUCGAAAUUUUGACAUAACCGAGUUCCUCGGAUCAUGGUACAUAGUCCAGUAUUACGCGAGCUCGGAAGAAGCGCUCUCGUACAGAUGCAUGCGUGCCGAACUUUCGAUCUCGUCCGAGAACACCGAAGUUACCAUGAAUUUCACUUACAGUUUCACCGACGAUCCGAUCAACGAACAACUUGUCGGUAACAUUACCUGGAAGAUACCCUCGUCCGACACACCUGCUCAUUGGGUACACGCCGAGUACCCGUAUGAAAGUGUGUAUAAUACCUACGUGCUAGACUCGGAUUACAAAUCAUGGGCAUUGCUUAUGCACUGCGCGGAACAGAGCAAUACUCCCCGAUAUUUAUCUAGCUUCAUCAUGAGCAGACAACCGAUCCUCGGGGCUAACGUUAUUUCCUAUCUACGGGAGAAGUUGCCCAGGUACGAUAUCGAUCUGGAGUAUAUGUUCCCGAUGGACCAGCAACAGUGCAACAAGACGACCACAUCGGAAAUGGAUAUGUUGAUUCCGGUACCGGUGACGUCCAGAAAACACCACGCUGACCGAAAGCAUCCACUCAGAAAGAAACAUCGACGGUUUUAAAUAUAGCUUUCAUUCGAAAACUCGACCGGACACAGUGUUGCACAAGCAUUUUCCGUUCGUAAGGAAUACAGUGUUGUUGAAUUGGCGCAAAGAUGGGCAAAUCCGUUGAGAACAAAAUAGGGAACUCAUUUUGUCUUAAAUAACGCACGAAAAUUUCUAAACUGAUUAAUACUGUGUAAAUAUCUGGAUGAACUAAUUAA